ACAGUCUUACUGUGGUCGCGUCCAUCAUCGUCGUUAGGUACGCUCGCUUCCCCGCUCCCUCGGUUCAAGAUUAUUAUGUCCCGCACGAUUCGUUGGUGAUGUUCGAAGGCGUGGUGCGUUCGCGUAUUUUCAAAAGGCGGUUCGUGUGACGAUUGAUCUCGGAAGUGGUGGUCGGCCAACAGCGUGCGACGAUGAUUCUGUGGUACACGACGAUCUACGGGCUUUUGGUGGCCGUACACGGUGUCAAUGCUCUGCAUGCGAAAGAUCCGUUGGCACAUCACGGUAGAUGCGAGCCGAUCACAAUCGAUCUAUGCAUGAAUAUACCGUACAACGAGACUAUCAUGCCGAAUUUGAUGAAUCACCAGAAACAAGAAGAUGCCGGCCAAGAAGUGCACCAGUUCGCGCCUCUGGUCAAGAUGAAGUGCAGCCCUGACCUUCGGUUCUUCCUGUGCAGUGUGUACGCGCCUGUGUGCACCAUCAUCGACAGAGCCAUACCCCCGUGCAGAUCGUUGUGCGAGAGUGCCCGUUUGGGAUGUGAGCGUCUGAUGAACAGUUUCGAUUUCGCCUGGCCGGACAAUCUCGAUUGUUCGAAAUUGCCCGAAAACGGCGGCCCGGAGCUGUGCGUCGGCCACAACGAAACGACACCGCCAGAGCCCUCGGCACCGGUCUAUUCGCCACCCCGAAUGCCCGUGGCCGAAUUCCAGCCAUCCUGGACCAGUGGCCCGAAACCGUACGGCGGCGGCUUCGUGGUCGGCGCCAGGGACUUCGGCUUUGUUUGCCCGUUGCAAUUCAAGGUUCCCCACGAGCUUGGUUACUCGCUGAAGGUCGGCGUUCAAGUGGAAAAUGAUUGCGGUGCACCUUGCGACGGGAUGUUUUUCACCGAGAGAGAACGACGAUUCUCAAGGGUCUGGGUUGGUAGCUGGGCAUCCGUUUGCGCGGCUUCGUGUUUCUUCACCUUUUUGACGUUUCUCAUUGACACUGAUAGGUUCAGGUAUCCAGAGAGACCAAUCAUCUUCCUGUCCGUUUGUUACCUUAUGGUGGCAUUGGUGUAUGUAAUUGGUUGGGCAGCUGGUAAUUCAAUUGCAUGCCGAGAACCUUUCCCACCUCUUUUAGAGACGAUGCAAAUGGCAUCAACUAUAACACAGGGUACCAAACACAAAUUGUGCACGGUACUGUUUAUGGUGCUUUAUUUCUUUGGGAUGGCAUCCAGUAUAUGGUGGGUCAUCCUAACAUUAACAUGGUUCCUAGCUGCUGGUUUGAAAUGGGGUCAUGAAGCGAUAGAAGCUAAUUCACAAUAUUUUCACUUAGCUGCUUGGGCAGCACCAGCAAUAAAAACAGUGACCAUUCUUGCAAUGGGAAAAGUAGAAGGUGAUAUACUAUCUGGUGUUUGUUAUGUGGGACUUUGGAAUGUAGAAGCUCUACGCGGAUUCGUUCUGGCACCGUUGUGUGUUUAUCUUAUCCUUGGAACUGCCUUCUUAUUAGCUGGUUUUGUUUCUCUAUUCCGUAUUCGUACGGUGAUGAAACAUGACGGUACAAAGACUGACAAAUUAGAGAAAUUAAUGAUCCGUAUCGGCAUAUUUUCUGUACUAUACAUAGUUCCUGCAUUGAUUGUCAUAGCUUGUUUAUUUUACGAACAAGCAUAUUUCGAUCAGUGGAUGUUACAGUGGAAUAUGGACCUGUGUUCCAGACCUGGACCACAAUCUUUGUAUUCUAUACCAUGUCCUGUUGGUGAACGUACCCGCGACGUUGGGAGGCGACCAGAAUUUGAAGUUUUUAUGAUAAAAUAUUUAAUGGCUAUGAUCGUUGGUAUAACGAGUAGCUUUUGGGUAUGGUCGAGUAAAACACUAACUAGUUGGCGACAGUUCUUCAAUCACAUAAAAGGUCGUCGCGCAGAAGCAUAUGUUUAAAGAUUCAUAAUUUCAUAUAAGAAAGCUUGUGAAGUUUUGUUUUUUGUUUAAAUCAUCUCUUCAUUGACGUCACUUUUGGAUGAUAAUCAACCAAACUCGUAACGAUAUGUAUUUCAUCUUAAUAUUGCUGGUAAUAUUUAAACAAUUUAUAUAUUAAGUUCGACUUAUUGAAAGAGAUCUGAAUAGAAAUAUACAAAUUUAAUCUUCUUUUAAUAUUUUAUCAUUGCAUGACUAAUAACAAUGGGGAUUAUAAAUAUGAACCGUGCCAAAAUACUCAUUUUUUUAACUGAGACGAUUGUAUGUUUUUUUAAGAUAUUUACAAACUUUUCCAUUGUAUUUUUAUAGAAGUUGGGUAAAGACUGUAUAAAAUGUUAGAACUAAUCAUUGAUGAUUGGUUUACAAGUAUUAUUAGACAAAGUUUGCAUUAUAUUUUAAGUAUUCUUCUCUGAUACAUUCACAGAAUUCACGUCUAAUGUCAUAUUGUUUAUGUUAAGUUAAAAAUGCUCAAACUGUUUGCAGACGAAGUGUUCAAAGUUUAUAAGUGUACUUGUCUACUAUGCACAAAGCAAAUGGUUGAUACUGUAGCCUAUUGUAUUUUCAAACUUUCUACUUUGUGUUUGAUAGAUCACGAACAAUUACGCUUACUAAUCUCUCAAACAUUUUUUAUACUUCUAUAAAACAGUAUUUAGAGAUAUUUUAUGAUAUUUACUAAGACUUAAAGAAACAAUUAAAAUUUUUACUUAUCUAAUUAUUAAAAACUUUUUGAUAUUUUUCAUUUCUAACAAAUUUCUAGAAACUUUACCUUUCUAAGCUACGACUGAGGCAACCAGGUCUUUAAAAAAUGUAAAAUUAACUUUUAAGGCAUAUGCUAUGUUAGAUUAACUGAAUUGUAUAUACUUAUAUGCAUUACUUUUAGUAUGUACUAUAAUAUAUUUUUAAAAUGUUAUGUACAUAUAUAUGUGCGCCAAGGAGUUGGCAGUUUUGUAUGUUUCCUAUGCGUAAUGAAAUUAACUCGAGAGACUCGUUAAAGCAGAUACACAAUUGAUACUGCUCGGUAACGAUUCGCAGACCGGGUGCAAUUAUUGUUCCAACAUAUGAUCAAUUCGUCCAUUGAAACUGUCGAGCUUUUGUGUAUGUCAUGUAUUUACGGCGAUUAAUGAAACAAAAACUAAAACUGCUGUAAUUAAAGUGGCCGUAUGUACAACAUUAUAGUUGCGCAAACUAUUAUACAUGAAAUAUACGUGACGUUGUGUAAAGUAAUUAUAACUAUUAUAUUCUUUAUAUAAUAAACCGGAAUAUAUACAUAAAACAAUCUACACAUGGUAUGUUUAUUUAAUCAAAUUAUAUUGAGACAUACAGGUUACAGAUUUAUUUACUUUACGGACGUACAAUUCUAAAAUGCAUCCACAUAACGUAAAUAGUGUUAAAGAAUUAAGUAAUAAUAAUUAUGAUAAAUUAUUUAAUUCGAUUGCGUCGUUUUAAUUUUUGGCGGUUUAAGAAUUCCGAUCUUUCGUAAUUUUCUUACGAUAAACGGUGAUGCUCCUAAUGUGAUCGAAAUUCGUAUAGGUACCAAAAUCUUAUUAAUGGUGAACGCCAACAAGAAGGCCGACGUGUUAUUCAUUAGCGAUUGAUAUUCGGCACUAUCUGUUUUUUGUAUCAUUUUAAGAAUACUCGUAAAAUCUACUCCACUGAAACCAGUAAAUAUUUUUACGUAAAUAUACAUUUAAUGAUUAAUAAGUAAUUUUAAACGUAUUCAAAUUCCAAUGAGAUUAAAUUUAUUAUUUUAUAUCUUCAACUACAAAAGAAAUGCAAUAUUUUCAAGAAUUGAAUACAUUUUUAGUACAAACAAUUGUACUUAAUGAUGGAAAUUACUAAUUUAGAUUAUUGUCAUUUUGACUGGAUUAAUUUUUGCAAAGUAUAAAAUAAUAAAUUGUACUGAGAUGUAUUGUAAGACUAACCUAGCUACAGCUGUAUAAAUUGAACCUAAGGAUAUCAAAGAAAUUAUUAUGUGAACCACUACAACGGUUAUUCCAUAAUCCCGCACCAUAAUCUGAAAUCUCUCUUUUUUGGUUAAAUUAAUUUGUUCCUUUGUUCUGUCAUUUUCUUUGUUCACAUUUGUCGAAUAUCUCAUACUGAUUUGGUUGAUACAGUUCGGUUGAUACAGUUUUCGUAAAAUAGUAACCGUUGGGAGGACUUGAUUUGCGGUACCUGAGCGACACACUAUAAUUUCCAUACUGUUUACCAAGUCGGUAACAAGAAGAGUCUAUCUCCAGCAUGCUCUGAUAAUUUUUGCACUGAUUACCAUACAUUACUGAAAGCCGACUAAUUUAAUUUUUUCCACUAAUCAGAGCAACUAGCGGUAGUAAUUAUACGUGAAUUAUAUAACAUUAAAAAUUUACAGUUAGGAUACAUUCUUCAAAUAGAAUAUAGAU